UGUCAUUGAAUUUCAAGGCGCAAGACCGGCGAUGCUCGCUCUUGCUGUCGCAGCCCACGCGGCGCCACGUCUCCCUGGACAAAACUUGUUGGGACAAUUUCGCACACAACACCCAGAGUAUGCCUUCAUGUGGGCAAACAAGGCUCUUGUGUCGUGCAAACGCUUCGUCGAUCUCCAUGCGCCAUUGGUGUCGUCGUCUUGGUCCAUCGCGUGGGAGGGGGAAGGCGUCAACCAAUUGCUCCCCAAACUGCGCUGUGAGCCCAUCGCGGCGGUCCCGAGCGCUCGGCCAACAACAGCAUCGUCCAUGCACGUCGAAUUCAUCAACACACGGGCCCGUGGAAAGCAAGUGUUUGAGCAGCUGAGCGCUUCGACUGUCUUGUUUCUCGAUCUUGAAGGGGACUUGACUCCCAAAGGACGGCUCUGUUUGCUCCAGGUCGCCGGCACGAGCAUCCCCGACACGGUGUUUGUCAUGGACACAUUCACGUGCCCUGGCAUCCUGCGAGAUCCCGCCGUGAAACGCGUGCUCUCCAAGACAUUGGUCGUACUCCACGACGGCCGCCACGACACGGUGGCAUUGCGCGGGCAGUUCCAACUGGAACUCUCGUCCGUCUUCGACACCCAAGUGGCGCACCAGGUCCUCGUCGGCAACGACUCUGCCAUGGUCGGGCUAAACCACGUCCUCUCAACGUACGCGAAUAUGACGAACACGGUGAAGGACCAGGUGCAGCAUCGAGAUGGCUUGUGGAGCGAACGGCCGCUGCCGCCGCACUUGCUCGACUACGCAGCGCAAGACGUGAUGCAUCUCCCCGUCGUGUACAGCGCCAUGAAAGCGCGCAUGUCGGAUGGCUUGUAUGCCACGUGUUUGGCCCGGUCCAAGAUUCGAACGACCGAUGUCUCGCCCGACAAACUUCGACAGGCGCUCGCCAACACGUCCACGUACCUUCGCGAAGCGGGCGGACACAUCCACGUGAGCAGCAUGGACGGGCUCUACGCGGCAUACCCGGACAUCCGCGACAUGAUCAAGGCCAAGGGGACCUUGAGCACCUUCUUUGAAAAAUUCGGCAACGCUGUGACCCCGCCGAUCGCGAUUGUCGAUGACAACCUGACUCUGCAAACGAUGACGCCAGCCGUCGUGAUGAAGCACCUCGCGGCGUACAUUCAAGCCGUCGGCGGGACCAUGCCGGCGGCAUCGUUGAGCGGGUUCUACGACGUAUAUCCUGGAGCCCAAGACGUGAUGAAGCCGACGGCAAAUGCGAAAGCGACAGCGUUUGUCCAGACGCACGGGCCGUCGUCUACGCCGCCCGUGUAUGUGCAGGGAACGUGGACGUUUGUUCUCGACCGAAGUGCCGCCGACAAACUGCCGUCGGCAGCCCAACUCCUCAAGGACUUUGGCGCGCGCUUCGCCAGAGACAAAUAUGGUGUGGCCAUUACAGACGACGGCGCGUUCUUCUCGGCGGCGCUCACGGUCCAUGUCCCAACGACGCAAUUGUUUGUCGUGACAAACAAGUCGACUCAGACCAUGCUCUUGCGGACAUGUUUUCGCGUCAUGGCGUCGAAAGCCGCGCUGAAAUCGUCGCCGUUUACAAUCGCCUUCAGCGGCCCGACUCCGGUCAAGCCGCACGAAUCGGUCUCGGUGCCAUGCGAAUUUCGAUCGACCGCGCCCGGACGGUUCAACGUCGUGCUUGCGUUUGAGUUUUCAACGCCGACCCAGACGGUGUUUGCAAUUGGUCGCGUCCUGGAAGGCGUGGAUUGCGUGGACCCCGCGAUGGAUGCCGAGACACUUCAAUCGAUCCAGGACGGCACGGCGCGGCGACGAAAAACAGCGCCGUCGAACAAGAAACUCGAGUUUGAUGCUCCUGCGCACCGAGCAACGGCGCCGAUCCGAUAUGGCCCGCCCCUUGCUGUACCCUUGGGAAAGCAUGUGCUUCCAGCUACGUGGGCCGCCGUCGACACGGACUUGCCGCUAACCAUGGCCACAUAUUCCAGACGGUUCCAAGACUUGCUCUACCGCGAAGAGCGCGAACACCUACGCCAGCAGCAAGAAUUUGACAUGGAGCGCGCAACGUUGGUGUUGAAGACGCCCGUCUUGUUUGAGUUGGCCGUGCCUGGGCUCGCCGAGGGCCGGCCGUCGCUCAUGGCAGGCGACAAAGUCUUGGUGAACCAGCCCAAGUCGAACACGAUGGAAGGCAUCAUCACCCAAGUCCGCCUGGACGGAAUCUACAUCGCCAUGCCGCCCGCGUUCCAUCGCACGCAUUUCGACGACCACCAAAAGUUCAACGUCCGCUUUGUCUCGUCAAGAACGCCGGUGCGCCUCCAGCAUCAAGGACUUCUGGCCCUGUCGCCACCGAUUCAUGAAACCUUGCUCUUCCCGACGUUGAUCGGUCUGCGCACGUCCCAAGCCGCGUGGUUCGGUCCGCCGGGGGGAGACCGAGUGUCGGCCAUCGACAGGCAGUAUUCGCGACCGAUCAACCCUGAACAAGCCCGUGCGAUUGACGACAUCGAGCACUUGGUGGCCACGGCAUCGUCGAACGCUCCGCUCGUGCCGUACCUGUUGUUUGGUCCCCCUGGAACGGGGAAGACCGUCACCAUCGUGGAAUCGAUCGAGCAGAUCCUUCGUGCAGCGCGUAAAAAUGCAUCGAAGGCUGUCCAUAUCUUGGCGUGUGCGCCGUCCAACGCGGCCGCCGACAACAUUGUUGACCGCCUCGCAGGAACGUCAGACAUCACGUCAAACGAAUUACGUCGUGUGAUGGCCUUCAGUCGCCGCGUGAAAGACACUCCCGCGUCCGUGCUGCCCUUCACAACGAUUGCCGCUCGUGGUCAUGACGGCGACGGGUUUGUGCAGCCGACCCUGGACGAUUUGCAAUCCACAUCCAUCAUCGUGUCGACGAUUGCAACUGGCGCCAAACUAUUCAACAUGGGCGUGAAGCGCGGGUUCUUUGACUUGAUUGUGUUUGAUGAAGCUGCACAAGCAACGGAACCCGACGUCUGCAGCGUGUUGGGGCCGCUCGCAAGCUCCCGCACCGUCGUCGUGCUCGCCGGCGACCCCAUGCAGCUCGGCCCAGUGAUCAAAUCCACCUACGGCAUCACGUUGGGCCUCGGCAGGUCGCUCAUGGAGCGCCUCUUGCCACUGUAUCAACAAGCUGCCACUCAAGGGCAACCACGCACGCCGUGGUCGACCAAGCUCGUGCGCAACUACCGAUCCCACCGAGACAUUUUGUCCGUCCCGAACGAGUUGUUUUACGACGGCGACCUCGUCGCAUGUGCGCCGACAUGCACGACCCACUCGCUGCUCGAAUGGCCGUCGCUGCCGAACCGGUCCGUCCCGCUCUUGUUUCACGGGAUCAGCGGCGGCGAGCUCCAGACAAACGAUUCGCCGUCGUGGUACAAUCCGUACGAACUGCAGCUUGUGCUGGAGUACGUCGAAAGCUUGGUUGAGUUUGGUGUGUUGCCGGCCGAGAUGGGCGUGAUCACGCCGUACGCUAAGCAGCGCCAAAAAAUCCAAGAGGCGCUCCAGCGACACGGCGCGCCGUCGGGGAUCGUUGUCGGCAGCGUCGAGCAGUUUCAGGGUGGCGAGCGCCGCGUUAUCCUAGUGUCGACUGUGCGCAGCUCUGCCGGGUUCUUCAAAGACGACUCCACGUUUCAGCUCGGGUUUGUUGCGCACCCGAAGCGAUUCAACGUGGCCGUGACCCGAGCGAAAGCGCUCUUGAUUGUGGUGGGGAACCCCGCUGUCCUUGAAACGUCGUCGGACUGGGCUGCGUUCUUGACGCAUUGCAUGGCGCACAACGCAUGCCGAGGCGUCUUGCCCACAGUUCAACAGGUCAACUUGGAAACGGACGCCAACGAAGAAGAUGACGAGGACGACGAGGAAUUGGCCCACCAUCGGGCCUUGUUUGAACAUGCACAAGCGCUGCAAGUGGACAUGGCCUGCAAGGCAGACGCCGAGCGCCGCGAACGAGAACGGCAGCACGUGGCAUGGCAGAUGGCUCAAGAAGCGCGGCAAGCGGAGGAGCGGCGCCGUGUCCAGCAAAUGCAAGAGGAACAGGAUUACGAGUACCACGCCAGUUUGUUGGUGGCGGAGGAAGAGCAGUUUCGACGACAGGGGUUGCAACGACUGGCCGACCUCGAACGAGCUGACAUGGAAUACAAGCGCCAACUGCACAAAGAAAGCACGUCGAAGUGCAUCGUUUCGUGAGGUCGUUUGUUGCGUCCACCAGAUUUCCCUGCGUUUAGAGCGGUAGAAGUCGCAGGCGUUAGGUUGAAUUGUAAUUGAUUUAGUCAA